AGGGAAUGCUGCAUUUUUUUCCGCUUCUGGCCUCCUCCCUGCACUGCCGGGACGCGGUCGCCGGCCGGACGCCAUUUUCGGCACCGUGAUUUUGUCUCCUCUCGCCGACGACCUCCGCCUCCUACGCGGCGUCCAGCGCCGGCACCGAGCCCUCGGCAACCCCUCCCCUCGCCGACUCCCCGCCCGCCGUACUCCAGAUCCUGUAAUGCCAACCAGACGCCAUGUUCAGUAUUCGUCUCUUCCUACAGAGGACAGAGAUAACCUACGGUUCACAUAUACUCCAAAACCGCAUCGAAAAAUUCCAUGGAAGUCAAUUGCCCUAGCAUUUUUUCUCCUUCUCAUAGGAAUUUCACUCCUCUCCCUGUCAUAUUUUAUAUUCACAAGUCACAUGGAGGGUGAUGAUUCUCAGGCAUAUGGUCUCUUAUUCCUGGGUGUGCUUGCUUUCCUUCCCGGCUAUUAUGAGACUCGAGUUGCUUACUAUUCCUGGAGAGGAGCACCAGGGUACACCUUUGCAUCCAUCCCAGAUUAUUAGCCAUUUAUGUCUCCACAAGACCUCAAGUGUGGUCGUCACGCAGGAAGGCCAAGCACGUAGACAAUUAAAUGAGCCAGAAAUGGAGCUAUAAAAUGAACGCCUGUGCAUGAUAUAUAUAGUCAACAUAUCCUCUGAAACCCUGCUGUGUUCGUGCAUGGAUUAACUUGGCAACAUUGCAAUAAUGCUGCUCACAAUGCUGGCAACAUAGGUAGAUAGCCAGUUUUGGGUUCCCUCUUUGUUAGUUUUUUUUUCUUGUUUCUGGAUUAGAGGUUUCCACUUCGGAUUUGUUAUGGAUUGUUCAGAGUUUCUUAGUCAUACUGAUUCAGUAUCUGUGUACUGUAGCUGCCACAAACUGAUCAUAAGGCUGGGAAGUCUUUUAUGUACUUUUCGAUGAAGAUUGUUAUACACUUGGUACAUGCCGGUGGCCUCCAAUGAACUAUGGUUUUCUUCGUUUGCACGCAAUGUAUCAGGACAUAUAUGUGUAUCUGUAAGAGUGUGCAAUGAAGAGGCUAGAUCAAGAAAGGCAUAUAUCCUAGGGAGAGUAGAUGUCACUGCAUUUGUACUACAUGGCAAUUAUAUAUUAUAUAGACUUGAGCAAGGAAAAUAA